CCAAGAUGAAAACCUGCUCAAACGUCAGCAUGGACGCACGCUGCAACCCUUACGAGCGGCCGCCGUACUCGUUCAUCUCGCUGAUCACCAUUGCCAUCAUGGAAUCACCCAACCGGAAGCUGACGCUGAGUCAGAUCUACAACUACAUCGAGACCAAGUACCCUUACUACCGGACGAACGCCAAGCGCUGGCAGAAUUCUGUCCGGCACUCGCUCAGUUUCAACGACUGUUUCAUUAAGGUGCCACGCACGCCCGACAACCCUGGCAAAGGUUCAUACUGGGCGAUGCACCCUAAAUCCGGCGACAUGUUCUUAAAUGGGUGCUUCCUGCGUCGUCACAGCAGGUUCAGGGAUGAAAAGAAAGACGCGAAGCCAGGGUCGGCCCUCGAUCAACAGUGCCACUCGCAGGUCGUCGGCGCGCACACGCAGCCCCUGACGAGCGUGCUGACGAGUCAGUCGCAGCCUCCAGCCCAGAGCCUGCUGCCGCCGCCCCUGCAGAGCAACUUUCUGCAAAACCGAGAGCCAUACUACUUCAACGGCGAAACCGACACGUUGGCAGCCGCGAUGAACCAGCAAUUCACCAUCAAUCCGGCCCAGAUGAUGCAAAUGCAACAUCACCCUCAGUCGUACUACCCUGACUACUCAUCACUGCCGAGCAUGGUCCAGCCGUUGGCAGAAUUCACCCUGGAGUUACCUGCGUGCAGUGGAAAUAACGCUGCAGUUCGUGUCCAAGAAGAAGUAGAGCAAGACCAGAAUGUUCCGUCGUCGUUAGCACAACUCAAGUGAUUCGCAU